AUGAAUUCCCUCUGUAGAGUGGACCUCAAGUCCAAACAGAAAGCGAAUGACUACUCGCAAGACAUUCAUGCCAUGAUUGAACCAGCUGUGGGUGCACUGAACACCUUUAUUGCUGCUGUAUAUGAGCAUGUUGUUAUAUUGCCAAACAAAACAGAAACACCUGUUUCAGUGGAAAAGGCUUUGUUCCUGAUGAACAAGAACAUAGACAUUUUGGAGAAAGCAAUAAAGCUGGCAGCCAAGCAGGGUGCACAUAUCAUUGUGACCCCAGAAGAUGAACUCCGUGGUUGGAGCUUCACCAGGGAGACCAUUUACCCCUACCUGGAGGAUAUACCAGAUCCUGAAGUGAACUGGGUUCCCUGUAGAGAUCCCAAGACCUGGGAACACACUGUUUCCAACAAGUGUGUUCUAGUGAGGUUCAACCAAGUAAGUCUGUUUUCUUUGGAUCCUGUGAUUGCAACUGCAAGUCAGUCAGUUGACGCAGAAAUACCUCCUGUGUUUCUAAAGCUGUGCUGUCACCAUGAUUUCACGGUCAAUAAGGUUCGUGGACGUUCCAUGGGGCUUCAGAUAUGCACAUUGCUGAAGUGUCAAACCGCCAACUUGAGAAUUUGUGAGGAACCCGUGGGAUCAGCUUUUACCAAGUUUGAAGAAUUCUCUCUUAGUGGCACCUUUGGGACAAACUACGUUUUCCCUCAGAUGGUCCUAAGUGGGAAUCAGCUUGUCCUGGAAAGAUAUUAUGAAGUAGGAGGCCUUCGGGAGGACAAAUUUCUUUGA